AACAAGCUUUUAAAGUACAACACAUUGUUAAGAUGAAACCAGUGGCCUUUACACUGACUUUUAAGUCUGAAAAUGAGAGAUUUCUUUUCAAACAUAUAAUACGUGUUAUAAAUAAUUGCUAAGACAUGUGAAAAGAUUGAACUACGUAGUCUUGAAUUGUGGAGUUAGAGCAUCACACUGUUUUUCACCGCUUCAGUGUUCAGGAUUUUUUGGGCAGGUCUGAAAUGGUGGAUCCAUGACGUAGAUUGUUGACUAGCACGAGCCCCCUCCCACGAGCUCAGUACUCAUACUUACUAUUUAUACACAGGUAGUUUUACAAACUUUCAUAGGAUGCAACUAGGAUUCACUUCGGAUAAUCUGCUGUUAGUAGUGAAUAGGGCCAUUUUCGGUCGACGUUAGCUCCAAGGAAUCAUUUUAACGGAGCAUCCGAAGCAUCCCUUGAGGGUGGAGCCGCCCACCGCUUCUGCUUCAGCACCAGCUGUGCGGCUUCGAGGUCUCUGGCCAGAGGGAGAGCAUUUGCCGGGCAGCACUUCACCAAAAAGCACGGCGUGCUCCAAGGGUGACGACCACAAUGAAGAAGGCCAAGGACUUUUCAGUAGAGAAUAUCAGUGCUCUAUCCCUCACUGGCCCCCUCAUCACCACACCCUGCACUCAAGUUAUGAUGCAGUUCAUGGGGAGCGUACUUUUGCCCUACAUUGCCACUGGGACUCCACCACAGGUUUAUUUGAGCCCGGAGCUCAUUGUGGAUUAAACAUCAGAUGAACGGAUAACACUCGACACCCUAAACAUGCUGGACCUACCAAGUGGACUUGGCACUUACAAACAGCAGGAUACAAAUAUUGGAAAUGUCGCUGCCAUUAGAGAAAUAAUUUGAAGUGCAUGGGGAAAAACCAGGACUCCUUGCUGGUGAACGACAUGGCAGAGAGUGGGGCAGAAGGUGAACUACUUCAGAAGCGUCUUGGUGUCAAAGAAGAGCAAAAUGGUGAGCUGACAGACUCGGUGCCAUCUGCGGAUGAGAGGAAGGAGAGGGACAGGAAGGAGCGUGAAUCCCUGGUGUUAUGGAAGAAACCUCUGUUCACACUCCACUACUUCACUCUGGAGCUGCUCAUCACCAUUAAAGAGUGGAUAUGGAGGCUCUGGCAGCAAAGACAGACUGUGUUUGGCCUGCUGAUCCUGUUUAUCCUCCUCUCCAUUGCCUACCUUUUUGAAGGAACACACCAGAAGUAUGUGCGCUACAUGGAGAAGAAGACGCUGUGGUGCGCCUACUGGGUCGGCCUGGGCAUCCUCUCCUCGGUGGGUCUUGGCACCGGCCUGCACACCUUCCUCCUCUACCUGGGACCACACAUAGCAUCAGUGACCCUGGCGGCCUAUGAAUGUGGCUCUGUGGAUUUCCCCGAGCCACCCUAUCCGGACCAAAUAGUCUGUCCCCAGCAGGAAGCACCACCACCAGGCUCUGAUGCUGAGCAUGUGGGUGUGGAGGCCGCAGGGGCGGACGAGGCGGUGGGGUCAGUCGCCCUCCAGGGAAGCAUCUCUCUCUGGACCAUCAUCUCCAAAGUUCGUCUGGAAGCUUGUAUGUGGGGUGCAGGUACAGCCAUAGGAGAGCUUCCUCCCUACUUCAUGGCCCGGGCGGCGCGGCUGUCCGGUGCAGACCCAGAUGACGAGGACUACCAGAGGUUUGAGGAGAUUCUGGACCAGACCCAGUCUGCACAGGACUUUGCCACCAGAGCAAAAGUAGCAGUGCAGAAACUCAUCCAGAAGGUUGGAUUCUUUGGCAUUUUAGCCUGUGCCUCUAUUCCAAAUCCCUUGUUUGACCUGGCAGGAAUAACAUGUGGACAUUUUCUGGUCCCCUUUUGGACUUUUUUUGGUGCAACACUCAUUGGGAAAGCAGUCAUCAAAAUGCACAUUCAGAAACUGUUUGUGAUCGUCACCUUCAGCAGGCAUAUAGUGGAGCAGAUGGUCUCCCUCAUCGGAGCUGUUCCACUGCUGGGUGCGGCACUGCAGAAGCCUUUCAGGGAGUACUUGGAGGCCCAGAAGGCCAAGCUGCACCAUCACGCCGGAGAGGGGAUCCCAACUGAGGAGAGCUGGCUGUCGUGGCUCUUUGAGAAGGUUGUGGUCAUCAUGGUAUGCUUCUUUGUCUGCUCCAUUGUCAACUCCAUGGCCCAAACUUACGCCAAGCGCAAGCAGCAGGAGAAACACUCGGAAGGCAAGACGGAGUGAAGGCCAGCUCGCGAUCACAGCGAACCAUCAACUUCAGAAGCCUCGCUGCUUCUCCAAGCUCCCCACCACUCCUUUUCCUCAUUUCUGCUCUCCCACCAGGCUGAUACCCCACCAUUAUCUGAAGCAUAAUAUCAGCCUCCAUCUGGUUUCUCUCUUGUUAUUGUAGCAACAUGUUUAUGCUGAACAUGGACUUCCAUUUACUUGCUUUUGAAGGCUUUGCAUUUGGUAGUGAUUUCCGCGAUUGUUCUCUUUAAGGUAGGUGCUUGUUGGAGUGCGUGUGCGUGUGUGUAAGCUGUUGUGUUGUUAAUGCGUCCAUGGUGGUGCUUUUAGCAGCUCCCGAGCACGUGAGAAGAAGCUGCUGGCAAUAAUUUUCUUCAGUGAGGCCUUAAGCUGCACUGUUUGUUCCACUAGAAGAACCUUAAUGUCCAUUAAGUCACUUUAUUUAAAUAAGCUAGUAUUGUUACUUUUAAUUAUGCUGUGAAUGUUCUGUAAAACCAGCACAAAAGUUGAGCUAUUUGUUCAAUAACUUAUUAAUUUAGUGUCUAUAUUUGCCGGUUGUUUAAUAAGAUAUUCUGUAUUUAUUACUUUUAAGAGUUGUUGUGCAGUAUUGGUUGUGUUAGAUAAGAGAUGUAAAUGGAUUGUAAAUCAUUGUCCACUUCAGAGCUGUUGAGCCCAUCUCCUUUCUACAUAUUGUAGAGCACUAAGUCAGUAGUAGUGAAGAUGUUAAUGAAUGUUUCAAACUGUCCAUAGUGCUUUAGUUGACCACUUCUAUUGUGUGUGCAGUAAAGCUCAUCUUGGUACUUCUGGAUGAGAAAUGAUAAAUCAGCCAUGAAUCAC